AUGACAAGUCGAACAAUACGUCGUACAGUUGAACAUGGUAUUCGUCAAGUCUCAGAUAAUCAUGGAAAAGGUGAAGCAUUAGCAUUAAUGAGAGAACAACGUGAUCAUGAAAAACAAGAAUUAAUUCAAUUAAAUGAUCGAUUUUCAAGUUAUCUUGAUCGGGUUAAAUAUUUAGAACAAACAAAUAAACAAUUACAAAAUACAUUAGAUCAAUUAAGAUCAAAAUGGGGUUUAGAUUCUGAUCGAUUUAAAUCUCAAUAUGAACCACAAUUAAAUGAUUUAAGAAAAAAAAUUGAUUUAGCAACUGUUGAAAAAGCCAAAGCUGAAAUACGUGCUAAACGUGGUGAAUUUGAUUUACUUUAUUAUAAAAAAUUAGCUGAUGAUAUUAGUCAAUGGACAAAUCAAGAUAAAUCGAAAAUUAAUUCACUUCAAUCAACACUUGAAGAAAAUCAAAGAGAAUUAGAACAUCUUCAACGUUUAAUGGGCGAUUCAAUGAGUGAUAUUGAAAAAUAUCGAAAUGAAAUGAAACAUUUAUAUGAAGAAAUCUCACGUUUAUUAAUUGAAUUAGAUCAAGAAACAAUGGCUAGAAUUAAAAUUGAAAAUGAAAAACAAACACUUGAAGAACAAAUACCUUUUCUUUCAGCUAUUCAUGAACAAGAAAUGAAUGAAUUAAGAAAUUUAUCUUCACCGAAUAUUGGUAUUGAUCCAACUACUUUUUAUAAAAAUGAAUUACAAAGAGCUAUUAGAGAAAUAAGAAAUGAUUUUGAAAAUCUUUCACGUUCACAACGAAGUGAAUUAGAAGAAUAUUAUCGAAUAAAAACAGAUGAAAUUAUUCAACAAGCACAAAAACAAAAACAACAACAAACUAAUCAAUUAUCAAAUCAAGAAAAUUCAAAUCAAAUUAGAAUCUCAAUUAAUGAAACGAAAAAAGAAAUGUUUGAUUUACAACAAGAUUAUAAUAAUUAUUUACAAUCAAUGAGUGAAUUAGAAUCAAAACUUGAAACACUUAAACGAGAAAAUGGUGAUGUUAUUGAUACACGAGAACGAGAAAUCUUAGAACUUCGUUCUCGUUUAAAUGAUUUAAUGGCUUCAUAUGAUGAAAUUGUCUCAAAUAAAUCUUCACUUGAAUUUGAAAUCAAUACAUAUCGUCGUUUACUCGAAUCAGAAGAAGCUCAUGUAAAAAAAGUUGCAUCAACAACAACAACAUCUGGAUCAAUAUCAACACAUAUUCGUGAAACAACAACUCAUGUAUCAACAAAUGUUCCACGAAUUCAACCAGAUAUUCCUUCACCACCCAUUCAAAAACCAAUUCCACCUAUUCCAAAUGAAAAAAUUAUUAAUCAAACUGAAAUGCAAGCCAAAACUACUUUUCAAAGAUCUGCUAAAGGACCAAUUAAUAUUGAUGAAUGCUCACCUGAUGGUAAAUUUAUUCAAUUGGCGAAUACAUCAAAAAAUAAAGAUAUCGAUUUAACUGGUUGGCGUCUUUUAAGAAAAGUUGAUAAUUCACCUGAAAUAACUUAUUCACUUCCAUCAGGUUUUAAAUUAUCAUCAGGAAAAUAUGUUAAAAUUCAUGCACGAGGACAAGGAAAAGAAAGAUCGCCUUAUGAUCUUGUUUUACCAACACAUGAUUCAUGGGGUGUUGGUGUUAGUGUUGUUACACGUCUUUUAAAUGAACAAAAUGAAGAAAAAGCAACACAUAUACAAAAAACUGUUUAUGCUUCAUAA